UCAGAAGUAGUUAGAAAAUCUUAGAUAAUAGGUUUUUAAUAACAAAAAAGAUAAAAAUAUCUACCUAAUGCAGUUUUAUGAAUACAGACAGCAAACAUAUCAUCUCUUAUAUGGAUAUCCUUACUAGGUUCAUGUGUUUACUAACGAAAAACUCCAAAUACAAGUCAAGUGAAGUGGACUAAAGUAUUUAUAUUAUUACAAUAAUUAUACCUGCCAUAAACAUUGCCCGUUCUAGUUUGUUAUGUUCGAAUCAUACUAGAAUUUCUAAAACAUAUCGAUCGCUAUUUCUAUUUUCUUUAGUGGAAUACAUCAAGAGUAAUUCUAAUAGCUGUGAAUUACAAGGGUGGAAGGUUAAUAUGUGUUAAAUUGGUGCUUAUGAUAAAGUAAUACGGGGCGUUGACUCUGAAAAGUUCCAGUGGUAAAUCGAUGAAAUGAUUGAGAGUGUAUCUCGCCGUGCCUUCAGUAGUUCGAGUGGAACCUAUAAUGUUCGUGCUUCUGAGCUUGCACGGGAACGUAAACUCAAUGUUUUCAAUGUCGUCGUAUUGUUUUUGGAUGACACCCAACAGACAUUUCAAAUUGAGAAAAAGGCAAAAGGCAGUGUUCUACUUGAGCUCGUUUUUCAAAACUUAGAGUUGGUUGAGAAAGACUAUUUUGGUUUACAAUUCACUGAGAAUGGAUCACCACCAAGUGCAACUAAUACAGAGAUAACUCGCUGGCUCGACAGCAGCAAGUCAGUGAAGAAACAAGUCGGUGGCAACGCGCAGUUCUGGUUAGCGGUUCGUUUCUACCCGCCCGAGCCAAGCCGCCUCGCCGAAGAGUACACGAGGUAUCUCCUGUGCCUACAGCUAAGGAAACUGCUGCUUGAUGGCAGAAUGACAGCUCCGAGGAAUACGGCCCUGUUACUUGCGUCCUUUACUGUGCAAGCGGAAUUGGGCGACUACAACGCUAACGAACACUCCUCGAACUAUCUUUCCGAGCUCUGCUUACUGCCGAAGCAGACGUGUGAGGACGAGCGCCGCGUGAGAGAGCUGCACAAACUGCACAAGGGCCAAUCGCCGCCUGAUGCCGAGGCGAACUUUCUGGAACACGCUAAACGAUUACCUUGCUAUGGUGUAGAGUCACAUCCUGCUAAGGAUUACAACGGAAAGGACAUAUUUAUUGGUGUUACGUCAAUCGGUAUAGUGGUCUUUCAGAACAAUAUUCGAAUGAAUACGUUCUCUUGGAGCAAAAUUGUGAAGAUUUCCUUCAAGAAGAAACAAUUCUUUAUACAGUUGAAACGAGAACCAUCUGAAUCCUACGACACAGUAUUAGGAUUCAACAUGCGUUCUGGACGCGCUGCAAAAGCGUUGUGGCGAUGUAGCGUAGAACGACACGGAUUCUUCAGACUGAGGGCCCCGAGACGGAGGCCUCUGUUAGGGGCUCUAGGAGCCCUGGCCGGAGUUACCGCUCCAACUGUGGCCCGGACGGAAACACAAGCCUUGGAAGAUGCCAGACGCUCUAGAUCUACUAACAGAAGUUUUGUUCGUCGAAGUGGGUCACGUACGAGGGAGCGUUCGGCUGGCGCGUCUCCAGCCCUGGUGCACACCAAUAGCGCGCGAGGGUCCAGGGUCACCACCCACGAGGAACCCACGCCGCGACACGCUUGGGGCGAUGUCGCGCAUGAGAAUGAGGACAGCGAUGGCGGAUUCCUAGAACGUGCUCUCCGCGUGCCGCUGUCAUAUGUGGAUGAAUCCGAAUCUGAAUCGCCGGAGCCCGAACCGGAUGCUGUGGAGGGCGCGGUGUGUGUGCGACUGGCGGCCGGCGCGGACGGCAGGUUUGGAUUCAAUGUGCGGGGCGGAGGGAACAAUACGGCCGUACUGGUGUCGAGAGUCGCGCCGAGGACUAGAGCGCAUUUGCAGGAGGGCGAUCAGGUGAUAUCAAUCAACGGCAAGGAUGUGGACGAACUCACUCACGAACAAGUUGUGCACACGAUACGCAACACCAAAGGAGUACUCACAUUGCUUGUCAAGCCCAAUGCCGUGUACGAGCCAGAAGAGAGCGGGCCUGAAGAGCCUGCUGUAUGUUUCGUCCCGCUCGGAUCGGGAGCGUGUGAGGGAGAUGCCCUGGAACAGUCCAUGCUGUUGCUGGGCGAUGGACUCGCGAGCGGCGCGGCGCUGCGGCAAUAUGAAACGCUGCUGAGACGACUGCCAGAGGAGUCCACAGCAGUCUCCAAGCUGCCCCAGAAUGUCAACAAGAAUCGCUACAGGGAUAUUGCGCCUUAUGACACGACGCGGGUUAUACUUAAGAACGGGCCGACAGGUGACUAUAUCAACGCGUCUUAUAUCAACAUGGAGAUACCCAGCUCGGAUUUGGUGCUCACAUACAUCGCUACACAAGGUCCAUUAGCAUCAACAAUGGGUGACUUCUGGCAGAUGGUUUGGGAGAGCGAGAGCAGUUUGAUUGUGAUGCUGACGGUACUGGCUGAGCGAGGACGUGCCAAGUGCCACCAGUACUGGCCGAAGGUCGGAGCGUCGCUCAAGGCCACAACCUGCCUCUCGGUACAGACCAGCUGCGAACAGAAUCUGGGACACUAUGUGAGAAGGGAAAUGGUUAUGAAGGACAGUAAUGGUGCCAGUCGCAGUGUCACCCAACUGCAGUACAUUGCGUGGCCGGACCAUGGUGUCCCCGAAGACUCGACCGCUUUCAUCGACUUCACAAAACUGUGCUCCAAACUGCGAAACCAUCGAGCUGUGAUACCUACGGUCGUUGAGGAGUUAACAGAAGCAGAGGAGCGAAUACUCGAGCCUCCAAUGAUAGUUCACUGUUCCGCCGGCGUCGGGCGAACCGGGGCCUUGAUAUUGGCCGAGACAGCCCUAGAGUUGCUCGGUAGAGGCCAGCCGCUGUACCCGCUUGAGAUAGUGCGUGCGAUACGCACGCAGCGCCCCAUGUGUAUACAGAAUGCGAGUCAAUACAAAUUCGUAUGCGAGAGUAUCCAAGCGGCAUACGCACAAGGUCUUUCCGCGCCAAGUGAGCAUUCAGAGCCAGCCGAGCAUUCGGAGCGAACGGAACCGAACAACUGAUAGCUACUGCCGCGCCCUCUACAGGAGCAUCUCUUCACAGUUGUCUUACGCCUUGCGGGCUUGGUAAAGACGAUAUGUUGUGUCGACACGUUGCCUAGGUGACGAUUGUAGAUAUUUGAAGAUUUGAGGGUACUUAGUAAUAAUAGCCCGUAUGAACUAGUCUCAUUAAAUUAUAUAUUUUGUUUUACAUUCUAAAAUUUCAUCGAAAAUUACAUAUUACGACGUUAAAACUAACUCAAAACUGAAUUAAUAUGGAGUUAUGAAAAGUGUAGUAUUUUUUCAGUGAUUAGAUUAUAUAAUGCAAAAAUUAAGGCUUCAAACAUGUUACUUACAUUUUAUAUUAUUUUGCAACCAUCAUUUACGUCAUAAGUUCAUCCUUUCAAGCGAUACGACCGAUUUCGACCUACCCACUAGAAUGUUUAUAGUAAUAAUGGUUUUUAAUUCCAGUUUUACUAUACUUUAUAGUUUUCACAUUCUAUAACUAUCGAGAAAUGUCUUCAAAAGAUAAUUAUCCGAAUUAAAGAUGUGCAAUAUUCUACCUUAGUUCAAAUAAUCUUUAAUCGUUUAUGAAGACUGUUGGUUCAAUAUAAAUAUGUAGUACAUUAAUUUGAGGGUACCCGCAAAAUAUUGUCAAGGACUGGUCGAGUAUUCGCGAUUUAAAAACAUCUAUCUAUAUUUUUAUUGCUUUCUGAGUAUUAUAAAGACAAUUCAGUCUCAAAUAAAUAAUUGCAAAUUCUGCGACCUAUGGUGGAUGUCGAAAAUGAAUUAGGCAUUGAACCAAAUCAUGUACCUCUAUAUAAUAACAGUACCCGUACUUAAUUUAUAACAGUUACUAAAGCUGAACUCUUUCGUAAUUGUGAGAAAUGAAUAUAUGAAUUUUAAGUAAGUAUUUGUAAUUUCAGUAUUUUACUGGUUUCUAAAAAUAUCCAAGUAUUUAAGUACCGACUUACAUUAAAUAGAAAAAAAUCAAAUGAGAUUUAAUUCUCAUAGGACAGUCUAUAGGUCUAUCUCAUAAUAAGACUAUCUAAUGGUUCGAUUUUUGCCUAUAAUUGGUUUAUAAUAAAUUAACUGAAAUCUACUUGACCGAUUUUGAUAUUACUAUAUAUGGUCAAUAAUGAGCUCUAUUUUGUUGAAAAAUUUAAAACCGAUAAUGAUCCGAAUUAAAGAUGUGCAAUAUUCUACCUUAGGUUAAAUAAUCAUUAAUCGGUUAUGAAGACUGUUCGUUAAAUAAUUAUAUGAAGUGCAUUAAUUUGAGGGUACCCGCAAAAUAUUGUCAAAGACUGGUCGAGUUUUCUCGAUUUCUAAACAUCUAGCUAUAUGUUUAUUUUGUUCUGAGUAUUAUGUAAAGACAAUACAGACAAUAAAUGUAUGUCACCGGAAUUACUUUCUGGCUUUCAACUUUCCGUCAAAUAAAAUUUAAUUUGAAACCAAAAUUUAUGAACGAUGCGGGAGUUGAACCCACUACAUCAACAUCCGUUGGAGCGCUCUUCCAAUUGAGCCAAUUUCCUUCAAUAAUAAUGAAGUGCAUGUUAAUGACAUAUAGACAUCGACCGCCCUCCACAAACUUUCGAGAUGAUUUGUCAAUAUUUUUCGCUAUUUGUCUUGAAAGCUGUUAGUUUUUCUUUUAACAAAAGGGAAUAUGCAUAUUUUUCCUAAUUUUAAUUUCAGUGUAAUAUACAUCACUAUAUUAUUAUAGCAGCAGUAUAAGUGUAAAUUAAAAAUAUUUUAAAUAAUUAAUAUUUGAGUCUUUUGAGAUCCUUCAUGUGUAUGCAUAUACCCUAAGCCUAACUUAAGUUCGAGAUUUUGUUGGUCUUAAUUAUCAGUAUUUAAAUCAAAUUUUUAUUGAAUAAACAAUAAAAUAUGGAAUGGAGUCUGUGCCUUCAGAUAAAUGAAUUAUAUGUUUAGAAGUAGGUUUUGAUGCAAUGUGUGUAACUUUUCGAAAAACACAUUAUUAUUAUAGUAUUAUAAAUAAGAUCAAUUAAAUUAAAAUGAGGUUAUAAAUUGGUAGCUUUUCGUAGAAACAAACUCAUUAACUUGUAUAUCAGUUAAAAUUGUUUUUAUAAGUGAGUUGUAGGUACCUUCUAAGCGUAAUAGAUUUCUAGAAUCGUAAAACACACAUUGUGUUAUUAAUAAACGCGAAGUAAAGUUAUUCCAAAUUUAAAACUUUUUCUGUGUUAUUACGAAAAUGUUACAAAGUUCUAUUACAAAUCUGUGUCCUUCUGUUGUUUAGCGUUCAAUAAUCUUUAGACAUUGCUUAUAUUUAAACACGAGUUGAAGCUUGUCUAAGUUGUGUGUAACGGGUAGAUUAUAAUCUUAAGGAAGAUUUAGAUUAUUAUGAUGACAGAUAGAUGACAGCCGUCAGAAAUGGGGUUCCGUUCCUUUAGUUGUUCCUGUACACUUCAGUUUUUUGUGCUUAACGACGUUUUACUUAAACACAAGCUAAUCACUGUUUUGAAAGAGAAAGAGAUAAACUCCAUUUUAGACGUCGUUAUUGUUAGGUCACUGUCUAAGCCAUGUUUAAAUAUUUUUUUGUAAUAACACCGUUUGUCUUUAUCUUACCUUUGUCACUACAGAAUAACAAGACAGGGCGAAGUAAUAAUUUUAAUCUUGGAGUGACUUUACAUCGAGUUUAUUAAUAAGAAAGAUAGCGUAUACAACUUCAAGUUAGUUAAGAGUAAUUAUUGUGUAUAUUACAUAUUAGUAUUAGACUGACUAACAAUAGUAUUUUCGAGACAUUUUAUAUCAGUAUAUCUAUAUAAUCUAUUGUAACCUAAAACAAAUCAAGCAUCAAUCAGUUAUGAAAUAAUUAUUCAUUAUUUAAAUCUGUAUCCACUUUCUAUUGUUUAAAAUCUUUUACAAUUUUUAUAGUGUAUAUACCCAUGGCUUUACAUUUUGUAAAUUUUGUAAGGAAAAAAACGUUUAUAUAUUUAUUAAGGCAUUGUAUUAUUUUUAUAAAUGUGACAGUAUAUAAUUUUUUUUUUUAAAUAAAAAAUUUACUCUCGAAUAACUCCAAAAACAAACAACAUAUCAAUAUCGGUUAGUUAUUUAAGAGAUUCUAUUUAUUUUUGAAAAAAAAAAUAUUUAUUUUUAUAAUUUAAUUAUUUCUAGCUUAGAUUUUUCUUGCCUAACGAAUUUAGUUCUUAUGUGACGUAUUAGUUGUGCCAUUUUUGUUUAAUAUUUAUCGUAUAAGCCUAUUUAGUAUUAAUUUAUUAUUGAUUUAGUAUGCUAAAGUAUGUUCUAUUUAUACAUUCGAACCUUUCUAUGAACUCGAACAAUAAAAAAAAUCUGA